CUCGUUCGUUUAUGAACACGAACACGAACAUGAACACGAACAAGAAAAACACUUUGUCAUGAGUUUAACGCGGUUGGGUGUUCAUAACUUCUCGACACGUUCGAAUUCAAACAACGAUUCGUCAUCGGUGUAUCAUCAACUACUUAAUUUGUCAAUUCAAAAUCUAAGAUUUGCGGGUUCUUCGUUACCGAAACCGGUUGUGAUCGUGUUCCCAGAGACGAAAGAACAGUUGGCGAAUACCGUCAUUUGUGCACGAGAAUCAUCGCUCGAAAUUAGAGUUAGGUGUGGUGGUCAUAGCUACGAAGGGACGUCGUCGGUGGCGAUGGACGGGUGUCCGUUUGUGGUAAUAGACUUGACCCGACUAGACCGUGUUUCAGUUGAUGUGGACUCGGGUACCGCGUGGGUUGAAGGCGGUGCGACACUCGGUCAAACCUACUACGCGAUAUCCGAGUCCAGUAGUGUCCAUGGUUUCUCCGCGGGGUCGUGCCCCACUGUUGGGGUGGGUGGUCACAUUUCGGGUGGUGGGUUUGGAUUGUUGUCGCGAAAAUAUGGGUUGGCGGCCGAUAAUGUGGUUGAUGCGGUUUUAGUUACCGCUGAUGGCAAGUUACUAAACCGGGCCGCAAUGGGGGAGGAUGUUUUUUGGGCGAUACGAGGUGGGGGUGGUGGCGUUUGGGGAAUCGUGUACGCUUGGAAUAUAAAAUUAUCAAGCGUACCGGAUACAGUCACUUGUUUUAUCGUGUCUAGAUCAGGAACGAAAGAACAAGUAGCUGAUAUGGUAGACAAAUGGCAACGUGUCGCGCCUACAUUGCCUGAUGACUUUUACAUGUCGUCCUUUGUUGGCGCGGGUUUGCCCGAACGGAAAGACAAACCCGGUUUAUCGGCUACAUUCAAAGGGCUCUAUUUGGGUCCGAAAGCAAAAGCUUUAUUGAUCAUGAACCAAAAUUUCCACGAGCUAAAAAUCGUGGAAAACGACUGUAAAGAAAUGAGUUGGAUCGAGUCGGUUCUUUAUUUUUCGGGUUUCGGAGACCAAAGCUCGGUAUCCGACUUGAAAAACCAAUUCUUGCAAGAUAAACUCUACUACAAGGCUAAAUCAGAUUUUGUCCGGAAACUGAUACCAAGACUCGGCCUAACCAUCAUGCUUGACAUACUCGAAAAACAAUCAAAAGGGUACGUAAUUUUGGAUCCGUACGGUGGAAUGAUGGAAUCGAUAAGUAGUGAUUCGAUUCCCUUUCCUCACAGGAAAGGGAAUCUUUUCACUAUUCAGUAUCUAGUGGAAUGGAAAGAAGCCGAUAAUGAUAAAACUGAUGACUAUAUAGCUUGGAUACGCGGCUUUCAUGGGUCCAUGACACCCUAUGUGGCACAGGACCCACGAGCCGCGUAUGUUAAUUACAUGGAUGUCGAUCUUGGAGUAAUGAACUGGAACAAAACCGGGGUCAAGUUAAACGAUGACGUGGUCGAGACUGGUCGGGAAUGGGGUGAGAAGUACUUUGGUAACAACUACGAUCGAUUGGUGAAAGCAAAGACGGAGAUUGAUCCGUUUAACGUUUUUAGACAUCAACAAAGUAUCCCUCCAAUGUCUUUGGAGUACAAGAAUUCGAAGGGAAGUAGGUUGAGUGAGUAAUUAAGAAAUGGUGUGAAUCAAAUUGUUAAUUCCUCGUUUGUUAUGUGUAAAAA